CCCACCGAGGACAAACUUGAAGAAGCAGAGCAUGCAUAGAAAGCUCCGCAACACAACGGUGCAGCUGCUGCUCGGCGGGUUUUGAGGCUUCAGAGACAGCGCAUCUUUUGCGGAUUAAAAUGAUUGCCACAACUCAACAAAACAUGACCACGGAGCUGGACCUGGGGAGCUCAGACGGCCCCCCACGGAACUGGAAGGGCAUCGGGAUUGCCAUGGUGGUCAUCCUGGGCGUUAUGUCCCUGGUCAUUCUCUCCGUCAUCCUCCUCACACCUGACGAGUCUCACUUGUUACUCCGUUCCCAUCUCACCAUGGAGGAUCUGGAGAGCGAAGACUUCAAAAUCCAUGACCCCUGUGUAGCAUGGCUGACCGAAAACGAAGUGGCUCUGCGCACCAGAGAGGGACAUGUCCUGUCAUUCAGCCUCAGUAACAACGUAACUACUUCUCUCCUGGACAACAGCUCCCUGGACCUGACCACCACUAAAUUCCAAGUGUCUGCAGACAAGAGGUUUGUCCUCCUGGCGUAUAACAUCCAACCGGUGUUCUCUCAGUCCUUCACAGCCUCCUAUGCUAUCUACAAUGUGGCUAAUGGGGAUCUGCUGGAGCUUAACCCCCCGGAGAUGGAGAAGGCAGUGCUGCAGUAUGCUUCAUGGGGUCCCCAAGGGAACCAGCUGGCCUACGUGUUCGACGGAGAUAUUUACUACAAGCCCAGUGUGACAGGCAAACCCCUGCGUCUGACGUCCACUGAACCGGAGCAGAAUGUGGUGAACGGGCUGUCUGACUGGACUUAUGAAGAGGAGGUGCUCUUGGCAUAUGAGGCCCAUUGGUGGUCUAUGGAUGGUGCACGGCUUGCGUACCUCAGCAUCAACAACUCUGCCACGCCUGUCAUGGAAAUACCUCUCUUCUUAGGUGGUCUCUACCCCUCCAAUGUGCUCUUCCCCUACCCCAAGGCUGGCUCCAGUAUCCCAUCAGUCAGUCUGUUUGUGGUGAAUCUGUAUGGUCCAGCUCACACUCUGGAGAUGAUGCCUCCUGACUCCCUCAGGGCCAGGGACAGCUACAUCUCCAUGGUGACUUGGAUCAGCAGCACCCGGCUCGCGGUUCGUUUGCUGAACCGUGCCCAGAACCAAUCAGUGCUGUGCGUGUGCGAGGCCACCACAGGUGCAUGUUCAGAGAAACACAAAAUGACCAUGGACAUAAUGCACAACCAGCGACAGGACGUGCCGCUGUUUUCGGCAGACGGCUCUGUUUUUUAUACCGUCCUGCCAGCCAAACAAGGCGCUCGCGGAGAGUUCCACCACAUUGCUGGGCUGACAGCACAGGCUGCCAUCCCCUCCGUCCCUCCCCGCUUCUUGACAUCAGGGAGCUGGGACGUCACCUCGCUCUGCGCCCUAGACGAGAAGGCUGGAAAAAUCUAUUUCCUGAGCACAGAAGAAUUCAGACAGAGCAGACACCUUUACAGCGCGGACCUGGAUGGAGUGUUUCAGCGCCAGUGCAUCUCCUGUAACCUCAUAGAUGGCUGUCGCUUCUUUAAGGCCGUUUUCAGCCCCAACCAAACCCACUUCACCCUCUACUGCCUGGGCCCAGGAAUCCCUAAGGUGACAGUUCACAAUACAAAGGACCCCUCCAGAUAUGUUGUGUUGGAGGAUAACAGCCUUCUGUCUAAAGCUCUGGAGGACAAGAGACUUCCUGAGACUCUGUUCAGGACACUCCCAGCAGACAACCACGAUCUACACCUGAAGCUAUCUCUACCUCAGGGCUAUGAGGCCAACCUGCACCCUCUCCUCGUCAUUGUAGAUGAAGUUCCUGGCGGUUGGUCCGUAACGGAGGAAUUUGCCCUGGACUGGCCUCAGGUCCUCUCCAGCGAGCACGGCGUGGCCCUGGCCUGGGUGGACGGCAGGAGUGGCGUCGGUCGCGGACAGAAGACCACCGCUGCUGACCCGCGCAAGCUUGGCUCGCUGAGAGUCAAAGAUUAUCUGGGAGUCGUAGAAUUGUUGAUGCAGCUGCCUUAUAUUGAUGAUCGUCGGAUAGCCCUCUAUGGAAAGGCCUUUGGUGGUUAUUUAACUCUCAAAAUGUUAGCUGCAACAGAUAAGCUGUUCCAGUGCACGGCCGCUGUGGCGCCUAUAACUGACUUCAGGCUUUAUAGUGCUGCAUUCUCAGAGAGAUAUCUAGGCCUCCCAGCAAAGGAGGAACACGCUUACUCGACUGCCUCAGUGCUGGAGGAGGUUAAUAAGCUGAGAGAAGAGAACUUCCUUAUUUUACAUGGAACUGCAGAUGCUAGGGUACACUUCCAGCACAGCGCUGAGCUACUGAGCCGACUGGUGAAGGUAGAAGCCAACUACUCGCUGCAGCUGUACCCAGACGAGGGCCACAUCCUAAGAGAGCCGCGCAGCGUCCAACACUUCCAGCGAACAGUGGUGAACUACCUCCAGACCUGCUUGAAGCACAGCACCCUCCUAGAACCCAUAGAGGAUGACGAGGAAGAAGAGGACUGAGCCCAGAAUUCAUUUCUCUUCUUCUGGAAGGACUCUCUUAGGACUGUAUGCCAUCUUAUGCAUUACCUUGGGUUGGGUUACCAGGCACAAGAGCACAGGAGUGGGGACCAAACACAUCAGAUCGCCUCCUACAACUUCUGAAAAAAAUAUAUGUACUGUAUAAUGUGUUGAACACAAUUAUUUUUGGCUGUUUUAUCGUAUGUUUGAAGUCCUGUUUGUUUACUAAAGUCACUCGAGAUGAUGUGGACUAGACGGCUACUGAAUCUGCCAAAAGUUUACAAAGGUUUAAAAACAUGCAUGUCGUAAUGGCUGCAUGAUGUGGAUUAGUUUACAUUGCAUUUUGUGUGUUUUGCAGGUUUUAAAUAUCUCCCAUUAUGGUUCAAAAUGCAAAAUCUGCCAACAGCCGGGAGCACACUGGCAGACUUUAAAAAUAUACUCAGUGAUGCUGUGAGAAGACUCAGCCUUAAACAUUUAGUGAUUGUGUAAAAUGCCUGAAGUUUUUCAUCUAAAUAAAACAGCUAGGAUCCCACUCAGAAGGAGGACGAUUCCAGCCAUACAGCCAACAAAACAUCUGUAACAGCUCUGAUGCCAGAGGUUUAAAUCUCAUACUCUUACGUGCUUACUGUCUCUAUCGGUCACUGGCUUGUGCAAUGUCCUGCAUCGUCCUUAAGACUGUGAAAUUGUUUUCAUUUUUUGAUUGUGUCAUUGUGAAAUCGGAGUAAUUUUAGGUCUUUUACAUAGUGUGUUCCCGGCUUAAAUAAAGUUAAAUGAAGCAUAUGGAUCAUUUUGAAUGUGCCAAAUACAUUUUGUGGACUUUACCCACUGGUUUUAUUUGCAUUAUGUGAUUAAGAACAAGUAUGCAACUAUUUAUACUAUAAGCUCCAAUUCAAGAAUGAUUAUCAGAACAUCUAUGUACUGUAAGUGUCUGUGUACUGUAUUUUGAAGUACAGUAUGUUUCUGUUUUAAUACAUCCGGCAUUUUAUCCAUGUCUUGUGUAUUGCAGAAUUAAAAUGAUUUCUUUGGACAAACUUUUGAGCCAUUAUGUCACAGUCCAGAUGUUAGUUGGCCUGAGACUUAAACUAACAACCAUGCAUGCAUUUGGUUUGAAAAUAAUGGCAAUGAAACUAGACAUCCAGCUCUUUGUUUUGCCAACAACCUUUGAAAAUAAAGUUUGAACUUUU